AUGCAGAGUAUAAGUACGUGGCCCCACGCUCGCGGCCCAGACGGAUGUUCCCAUAAGCCCACCGGCCCUGCGAGCAUGGGAAGCCCCAGCAGCAGCGGCUUGGUCAAUGGUAACGGCACCACCAACGGUCAUGCUCCUCGUGGCCCUUCUUCGUCUUCGCACGCCCGUUCCUUUGUCUCAACCAGAGGACCCCCAUCGGCUUCAGCCUCGGUGCACCACACCGCUGGCCUCGUCUUCCGUGGUCCACUUCCCAGACAGUAUCAGCAACAACAGCACUCGUCCGCCCUAACAUCCUCCGCGUCCGGGUUGCGACGGGCCACGCCUACUUCGUCGUCCCCAUUCUCCCUCUUCUUUGGAGCUGCAGCGACGAGGUCAUCGUCGACCUUGAAAGCAGAGGUCAAGCCAACACCGCUCGACGGCGGCACCGCCGCGCUUAGGGAACUCAAUACCAGUUACCCUUCUAACGUCUAUCGGCACCGACUUACAAAGUCUGCCGGCGCCCAGAGCACAACGUACUCACAGCCUGUCAUUGUGCGCACCUAUAGUGGCCCUAUCCAGAGGGAUUACUACCGCGGGUCGAGGAGCGGCAGCCGGCCGUACACGGUCCGCACGCCACUACCACCGCCGCCGCCACCCCAGACUAACGGAUCUGCUGUCCACACAACUGCCAACGGUAACGGCCACAGUGAAAGUACUGGGAACCGGAAUGGCGUAGUGGACGGCCUCUGGACUUCCAAACCACCUAACAUGCCGCGCCACCCACCACCACCGCCUCCCAGUAAGCGCCGCUUCCCUCUUGCCUUACCAUGGCAGUGGGGCGGAAGCAGCGACGAACAGGGUACGACAUCUCAGGCCGGCGGUAGCAACAGCGAGCCGCCCAAGUACCCUCCGCCCGAAGCCUUCACCAUGAAGGGCAUCAUACAAUCUCAACGUGCACAGCGACAUAACGAGUUGGAUAAGUCGCUGGACCAGAUUGCAGAGCUUUACGCUCGCAGCAGAUAUAGCUUGGCCAACCAGUACGAGGUUCAUGUAACGCCACAUGGGUCCGGUACCGACUUUGUUAGUGGUGCCAGUGCUCCAGGUAGGAGGGGAACAGGUGGUCCGCCUUCCAGCCGUGGUGGCGGUGGCAAUAGACGCCCGCAUCAGCUCGUUGGUCCGACGCUUCAGGCCAGCUGGUCUGGUGAUGAAGGGGAUGAGUCCUCUGCAGUUGGAGGUGGCAUAGCAUCGUCCUCUUCAUCAGCAGCUGUCCCGCCGAGGCCACAUAGGAAAAGAAGAAGCGGAGUUGCCGCCGGCAAGAGGAAGAGCGCCGCAUACGGUACGCUCGAGACAAUCAUGUCUAGCAGCCGCUCGAACUCAUCCGAAGAAAAAGAGAAGCAGAAGAAGAAAUCAGCCAAUGAGCUGACCGAGGAUGUGCGAGGUCGGGCAGAGCGGUCAGUUGGCCAUCGCCAUACGAAAUCGGAACCUGUGAAGGGUAGGGAAAGGGACGGCGCUGGAUCUACAGGAACAGCACAAACACGUUACACAGCCAAGGGCAGAAAAAGGGCCGAGCAAGAUGCCGGAGCUUCACAGCGCAACAGAGCAUCGACAUCCUUCGUGCACGCCAUUAUCACGGCUGACUCACCGCGCAACUCUGCUUCGGCGCUGGUAAGCGAGCCGGCUUUGCCACAGACUACCACCUACGCGGUCUCUGAUGCUACUGCUGCGCAUGAGGGCGCAGUAAUUACUGGCGAGAACCAGACGGAUGAGGCUUCCGCGACCGGCGGUUCGAUGGGAUCGCAUGGGUGGCUGCCAUGGCGUGGGCCUGCCACUUCAGAGUCGCAAGCUAGUCGGGCCAGAGAUGGCUUGCGGGACCUAUUGAAAGGUGCUUAUAGUGUUAACAGCCGGCCCGUCAAGGUUAAGGGGCCCAGCCGAGAAGGCUAA